CAAAAUUAAAUUCUCUUCAUUCCUAAACUCUCCAAAAAUGGAGCUCUGUUCCGGCACGGUAGCAGCAGCAACCACAACCUCACCUGGCCACUACUUCACUCCUCUCCACUCUCAACCCCACACCCCCAAAUCCAAACCCCCCAACUUUGCCAUGAACUCCCUCUUCCGAUCAACACCGUUCACCAAACGCCUCCCAUUUCGUCCCUUACAAUCCCACUACUCCUCCACCUCCACCACUAAACCCAAAACCCCAAACACCUACACCAUCUCCACCCCUCGUUUCACUCCAAAGUCCCCACCCCCCACCAAGCCCAACUUCCCCCGCCCCACUGAAGUCCCCUUCCAGCCCAAAGUCGCCAACUCCGUCCGCCUCAUCGGCCACGUCCGUACGCCGCUUCAGGUCCAGACUACCCAAGAUGGAGCUUUCUGGGCCGCCACCGUUCUCACCGCGUUUUCUUCUUCUUCUUCGUCCAAGUCGCUCCGGAUUCCGAUUAUUUUCGAGGGGGACUUGGCUCACAUUGCGAGUUUACAUGUGAAAGACGAUGAUUAUGUGUUUGUUGCUGGGAAUUUGAGGUCGGAUUUGAAUCAUCUUAAUGCUCAUGAGGGUCAGGCUCGUUUGCAGGUUAAGGUGCAUACACUCAACUUUGUGGAGGAAUCUUUUCCAAUGAAUACAAGAUCCAAAGAUGGCAGUGAAGAAAGGACCAUUGAUCACACUGUGGCAAGUGAGAAGGAUGAUAUGAAUGAAUCACAGAAAGAUAUCCUAGUGUGGAAAAAUAUCCUUGUGUGGAAAGAUCUCCUUGCCAAGCCUCAUGAGUGGUGGGACGUCAGGUCGAAAGAGGGUUCUCCAAAGGCUGCAGCCUUUGAGCGUAAGAGUAAUGGCGAAUUACGUACGAUUGAUGAUUCAACUCCUGAAUGGAUCCAACAUAAGUUAGAUUCCUUGACAUUUGAUCAGAAACCUAAUUCACAUAGUUCCGAAACCAGUUUGAGGGAAGAUGGGGACUCUACAUUGGGUACUUGGAGAGACCUUCUUGAUAAUCCAAAACAAUGGAUGGACUACCGUGACCAAAAACGUAAUAAAUUGGUAAAGCGAAAUCACCCUGAUUUCAAGUGUAAGGAUGGUGGUCAUGCACUCUGGCUUAACAAGGUACCGCAGUGGGUUUUGUCAGAGCUUAAAGGCAUGGAGUUUGAUGUUCCAAUUCUGAAGCCCAAACAAGCAAAUGAGGGUAGAGGUGAUAAAUCCUGGAAGGACUUGGUGGAAAACCCAGAUAAAUGGUGGGAUAACAGAUUGCAGAAGCGGAACGCAAAAGCUCCAGACUUUAAGCACAAAGAAACUGGUGAAGCGCUGUGGCUUAACAGUUCACCGGCAUGGGCGAUCCCCAUGUUGCCACCUUUGAAAACACAGCAAAAUAUGACAACUGACGAUAGGAAUACACCUCUUCCUCGAAACAUGGAAGCAUCCGUUAGUGGUGUUUGAAAAUUUUUGGCAAUUACUCUGGUGUUUAUAAGCUUGUUCUGACUUCCUUACGUCCUCUAUUAGUUUAGUCUCAGCAGUAGAAAAGUAGAGCAGACAGACCAUUGGGACAAUGCAUAGAGAAUCAAAAUGGUACAAGUCCUAUAUCAUGUUGCUGCAUUUAAAAUGACCCCUGCCAAAUUGUGCCGUGUGAACAGUUUAUUGAGUUGUAUAUUAAAGAAAUUUUAAUCAA